AAAUUACAGAUCAUGCAGUUUAGGUUUUGUGAACAAAAGUGGAAUUCAUACGUAACUUGGAAUGUUACGUAAGGGCACUUAUAGGCCUGCCUGUGCAAAUUCCAGUGAUCGCAGACAGACAAGAACCUGGUACAAGCACUCAGACAGCCAGGUUACAAAGAUAGAAAGAGGGUGAAAAGAAACACGUUUUAGAGUGACUGAAGCACUUAGGCUUCAGCUGGGGGUUCAGGAGGGAUUGUUUUUCAGACGGUGGAGAGGAUUGAGGCUGGAAAUCAGAAGACAUCAAGAGGACCAAACCAGUAAAUUCAAUACUAAUCGAGCAGGAAGAGAUUCGCAGACAGUUGGAUUUUAUUGGUGUAUAAAAGCAAUUCAACAGUGAAUGUUGGACAACAGACCAAAGUCAGCUGUGAGAGAAGCUGCUGAAGACGGGAUCCCUAAGGAGGAACAACCGUACCCAUUUUUCUAACCUUGGCUUCUGGUUCUUCUUCUUCUUGACUAACUCAACUUUUGACAGUGUCAGUCAUGUCGGAGGAAGAAGAGUUGUCCUACAGCGAAGCCAUUAAGAAGGCGAGCACUUCCAUCUCUCGCUUCCCUCUCAUCCCAGUCAGAGGAAUUCCUCUCAUGUCCUUCAUCGCCAACAACUGGGACUCCAUCUGGGCUUUCCGUCCUGACCCCUCAGACCUCCUCAUCGCCACAUACCCCAAAGCAGGGACCACAUGGACCCAGGAGAUAGUUGACCUACUUCUUCACAACGGAGAUGCUGAGGCCUGCAAACGAGCCCCGACACCCGUCCGCAGUCCUUUCCUAGAGAUCUUCUCUCCACCACCCAUUCCUUCAGGUCUUGAUCAUCUGAAAACCAUGGAUCCUCCAAGGAUUAUCAAGACACAUCUUCCUUUUCAGUUGGUGCCUACAGGAUUUUGGGAAAACAAGUGCAAGGUUAUUUACGUGGCACGCAAUGCCAAAGACAACCUGGUGAGCUACUUCUACUUUGAUUGUAUGAAUCUGACCCAACCUGAGCCGGGACCCUGGGAGGGCUACAUCCCCAAGUUCAUGAAAGGAGAGUUGUCAUGGGGCUCCUGGUACGACCAUGUGAAAGGUUACUGGAUGGAGAGAGAGAAGAAGAACAUCCUUUACCUCUUCUACGAGGACAUGAAAGAGAAUCCUCGGCGUGAGGUAGAGCGCAUCAUGAAGUACCUGGACUUGUCCGUCUCUGAUGAGGUCAUCAGCAGGAUUGUGGAGCUCACGUCCUUUAAGAACAUGAAGGAGAACCCGAUGACAAACUACUCCUGCGUCCCAGCACCGGUUUUUGAUCAGUCCAUCUCUCCGUUCAUGAGAAAAGGUGAAGUAGGUGAUUGGAGAAACCAUUUCACACCCGAGCAAUCAAAGAUGUUUGAUGAAGAUUACAAGAAGCAAAUGAAGGAUGUUAACAUACCAUUUAGGGACCUUAUCUAACAGAUUCAGGUUUUUUCCAAACUGAUGCAGCUCUGCAAACCAAAGACGGAUGAACUAGUCAGAAGGCAGAAAUACUGUCAAGGAAUUUGAUACAAGCUAAAUACCAAAACAAAAAAUGAAAUGUUAAAAUGUUUGAGCCUGUUUAUGUUAAACACUGUAAUCACUGCACCUCCUGAUGUGUAGCUACAAUGGAAAACCAUCUAAUGUAUGCUUAAAGGAUCAAUAAAAAUGUGCUCCACGAUACAAGU